UUGUGUGAUUCUUGUGUAUAAUGUUGCUAUCAGGGGAGGAAAAAAAAAUGGUUUUUGAUCUCUUGUAUCAUCUUCCGAUUUCUUGUUCCUUGUUUCUUUAGAAUCUGUGCUUCCAUUGGAAGGGCAUUAUAAGGUUCCACUAAAUAACUACGUUGAUCUUUUUGUUAGAGGAGAGUUGUUAGAGAAAAGGAAGUCUUUUGAUCGUCUUGUCUGUUUAAUUCUUUUACUUGAAUAUAAAUUUCUUCUUUAAAGGAUCAAAGAAAGAGAGCUUCGAGUAAUUGUCUUGCAGUAAAAGGGUUGAUUCUUCAGGGUUGUGAAGCCAAAUUUGGGGUUUUGCAGGCCGGAGAUUUGCAGUGCUCGCAUGAAUAAACACAAUAGCUUGCAUUAGUAAUAAUAUCUUCAUCCCAGGCUCUGCAGUGUGAGUUGGUGUUGGCUGUUCCUGUGGGGGGUAAUCGAUAGCAUCUGAAAUGGAGGGGAUAGUAAUGCAGGGUGAAGUUACCUCCGUGGAUAGAGCAGGAAACAUAGUAUUAGAUAUCGAGAGCCUCACACAGUCAUCUGACAAGUGCUCUGGAAGCCCAAAGAUGACUAAAGCUUUAUCUCGUAAAGGAUCAUCCCGUAUGGAGAGGCGGAAUGGUGAGGAGCAAGAUGCAGAUGAGACAACCAAAAAGGUUACUAAAGUGGUGUGCUAUCAUCUGGAGCAGUUUAAGCAGUCCUCAGUGCCAAAUAAAACUCUUAUAAUUGUACCUACUUCAGCGAAUGCUUCUAUUUCAGAUGCUGGAGAUGGAAGGCUUAGGAAGUUCAAUCAUUUGACAGCCAUCAACCCCAGGAGAAUCCUUCUCCUUUUGGCAUCUUUCAUGAGCUCAGCAGGAGGUCUGUUGGACAUCUGACACUCUUUGAGGAGUCAACAAAGUGCUGGAAUUUGCUAUCAACUGAUGUGGAAUUGUGACUCAACAUCACAGCUAAUCUCAGGAAAUGGCAGACAUGCACAUCUGAGUGCUACUCCAUGACCUUCCCACUGCAUGGCACAGUUCACAGCACUCAAAUCCAUUGGCCAUCCAAACACUACGAGCAAUGAUUUCCCUGACCAGCCAUUGCCUUGGCUCAGCCAAUGAACUUCCAUGGACAUAUACAAACAAUGAUUUCCCUGAUCAGCCAUUGCCUUGCCUCAGCCAAUAGACUUCCAUGGCCAUACUAAUCUAUCCCAACAAGACAUGACAGCUUCCACUCAGACAAAGCAUGGAAUCCACUAGCAGGAUAAGACCUGCGCUUCACCAUUGGAGAAACUGAGCUUUUCAGGUCUGCCCAUAGGAAAGCAAAUCAAAGCAUCCACGAGAUGAAGCUUCAAAGCCUUUUAAAUUACCCUCCUUGAGGCAACUUCUCUCCAG